CUCCCCCACCUUCUUUUCCGUUUUCUUUUUCUUCUUUUUCCUUAAUCAAAUGGAUUCUCUUAUUCCUCUCCUCAAAUGUCCACCCAUUCCCAUUCUUCCCCUCUCUAUUUCACCAACUUAGGCCUCGGCUACUCCAUCGCCAUUGCCCUUGCUUUCCUUGUCCUCCUCUCCAUCGUCCUCCUCGCUUCCUACAUAUGCUGCCGUCCUUCUUCCUCUUUUUCUCCCAACCCUACCCCCGUCUCCGAUGGAAUCAUCCUUCCCCGGGUUGUUUUCGUUGCUGAAGAUGAGGACGAUGAGAACGUCGUCGUUGGGCUCGAUCAAGCCGUUAUAAACUCAUACCCCAAGUUCCAGUUCACUAAAGAGGCUGCUGCUGUGGGUUCUACUAACGUUAACACGACGUGUUCGAUUUGUUUAUGCGAGUAUAGGGAUUUGGAGAUGUUGAGGAUGAUGCCUGAGUGUAGGCAUUAUUUCCAUGUUUCUUGUCUGGAUGCUUGGUUGAAACUUAAUGGGUCUUGUCCCAUUUGUCGGAACUCGCCGCUUCCAACUCCGCUUUCUACGCCUUUGUCGGAAAUCGUGCCUUUGUCUCAGCACGCUGCGGACCGGAGGAGGAUGAGGUGACUUUUUUUUGAGUUUUUUUAAAAUACAUCUCUCUCAGUUUCGAUGGAGGUUGGUCAAUGGAUUGUGAUUUUGAUUCUUUAGGGGAGAAGAGGCUCAGUUCUGAGCAUGAAAUCAAUUAGAGAGCCAUGGAAUUCAUUUCUCCUAACUUAUUUUUGAAAUUUGUACCAAAUUUUGUAAACACUAACUUAAAUUUUUUUCAUGGGAA